AUGACAACUGAGACAUCUAAAGCUGUUGAAGAUGACAAACUUGUUCCGCUGGCUGUCGUCGGGAUGGCUUUUGAGUUUCCCCAAGAGGCCACUUCGGUUGAAAGCUUUUGGGAAAUUAUCCGUGAAGGGAGGUCUACAAGUUCAGAGUUUCCUCCAGAUCAUCUAAAUAUUGAUGCCUUCUACCACCCAGACGGAAACCGUCCAAGUACACUACCUCUCCGUGGUGGACAUUUUGUCAAAGAAGCCCUUGGGACUUUUGACGCACCUUUCUUUUCCAUAACGCCAGGAGAAGCGGCAUGUAUGGAUCCCCAACACCGGCGAAUGCUUGAGAUCGCAUAUCACGCUAUAGAGGACGCUGGUAUCCCCGUUGAAAAAUGUACUGGUUCGGAUACAUCAGUAUACACUGGUUGCUUUACGAACGAUUAUCUAAGUAUCUUACAACAAGAUUAUGACGCGGAGCAGAGACAUGCCGCAAUGGGCAUCUCGCCCGCAAUGUUAGCGAAUCGUAUAAGCUGGUUCUUCAAUUUUAAAGGGACAUCUAUGAACCUAGACUCAGCCUGUUCUAGUAGUCUAAUCGCUCUUCACCUUGCAUGUCAAGAGUUGCGCCUUGGAAAUUCAUCUAUGGCUCUUGUCGGGGGAGCUAAUCUAGUUUACCAUCCCAACUUUAUGAAGAUCAUGUCGGAUUUCAAUUUUCUGUCCAGUGAUAGCCGCUGCUGGAGCUUUGAUGAGCGCGCCAAUGGCUACGCACGUGGCGAAGGCAUUGCUAUGGUUGUGGUAAAAAGGCUAGAUGACGCUUUGAGAGAUGGAAAUACCAUUCGCGCCGUGAUUCGUAACACUGGAUCCAACCAAGACGGCAAGACUCAAAGUAUCACCCAACCGAGUCAGGUUGCGCAAAUCAAUCUUAUCACGAGGACCUACCAACAAGCCCAUAUUGACAUGGAACCCACCCGAUUCUUUGAAGCACAUGCUACAGGUACCGCAGUCGGUGACCCCAUUGAAGGAAAUGCCAUUGGAGAAGCGUUUAAGGAAUAUAGGAGCUCACAUGAUCCGUUAUAUAUUGGUGCUAUCAAGGCAAACAUUGGCCAUCUUGAAGGUUGCAGUGGCUUGGCUGGUAUCAUUAAGACGAUACUGGUACUAGAACAUGGAGUGAUACCCCCAAUCGCAGGGUUUAAAACUCUUAAUAAGCGGAUAGACUCAAAGCGCCUACAUCUAGAAUUUCCAACAGAUCCCAUUGCUUGGCCAUUGGUCGACAUCCGUCGGGCUUGCGUAAAUUCGUUCGGCCUCGGCGGCACUAAUGCGGUUGCUAUCCUCGACGAUGCUUACAACUAUCUGAGGCUUAGGGGUCUUCGAGGAGAUCAUCGAACUCAUCUCAGUAAGCUACCAUACAAUGGGGAGGACAUUGCGAGUAACGCUCGUGGUGUGUCUUCCGGUAUGCCUGGUCUUAUCUUCAAUGAUGUUGCGGUAAAUGGCUACGAUAGAGACAGGGAGGAAAUCCCAGCAACGAUAAAGCCUUCUACUCUGAGGAGAGACACACUUAGAAACGGCAAUAUACUGGAUAACCUUGGGAUGAUAAUCCCUAAACUUCUGAUUUGGUCCGCUCCUGACCGCCAAGGUGUGGAAAGGCUAUCUAGAACUUAUCAUGAGUAUCUCGUCAAGGAUACAAUUGAGUUGGAUGAUGUGGCUUAUAACUUAGUUGUCAGAAGAAGUCACUUUCCUUGGAGAAGCUUUGCGGUUAUCGAUCCGGAAAAGUCUAUCUCGUCUAAAGAAAUCGAAUCGCCCGAGCCAAUAAAAGGUUCAAUCAAUAAUCCCCAAAUCACCUUCGUCUUCACAGGGCAAGGGUCUCAGUACCUGGGUAUGGGCCGCCAACUUCUUGCCUAUCCGGUUUACCGAGAUAGUCUUGAGAACUGUGCAGAGUAUUUGAAACAGAUAGGCUGCCAAUGGUCCCUCCUUGAUACAGUCAAUUGCGGGAAGGAUGGCAUACCAGUCGACUCUCCAGACUACAGCCAACCUCUAAUCACAUGCCUACAGAUUGCUCUCGUGGAUUUGUUGCAAAGCUUAGGCGUUAUUCCCAAAAUCGUCAUGGGCCAUUCUUCAGGUGAAAUUGCCGCUGCAUAUUCAUCGGGUGCUUUAUCAAAAUCAUCUGCUGUAAAAGUAGCCUACUAUAGGGGUCAACUAUCGUCUCAUCUGGUCGCCAGAGUACAAGGCCUCGGUAUGAUGGCUGUGGGCAUGGCGAAACAUGAUGUGCAACAGUAUAUUGACCGCUUAGCUGGCAUUGAUGGAAGAUCAGAUGUUGAGAUUGGCUGUAUUAACAGCCCCAAAAACAUUACAUUGACCGGAAACGCUAAACAGCUCGCCGUCCUCGAAGAAUGGCUUAAAGCCGAUGGUUUCUUUGCGCGAGCUCUACCAAUCCCAAUGGCAUAUCACUCCCACUUCAUGAACGGAAUCAAGAGUGAAUAUACUCAUGCUAUUAAGGAUCUUGAUGCUGGCCAGAGCUCCGGGCAUGUUCCUAUGAUUUCUUCAGUAUCAGGAGAUCUAGCGACGGCAACAGAACUCAUCUCGGCUGAGUAUUGGGUUCGUAAUUUGACAUCUCCUGUUAAUUUUGAGGCCGCGUUUUCCAAACUUCUGACAAUGAUCAAUCGAAAACCGCGCAAGCGGCUAGGAGAACGGACAGCCUUGGAUUAUACGGACGUGACACAUGUUCUCGAAAUUGGUCCACACCACGCUCUCCGCAGUUCUAUACGCGAGAAUAUACAGGCUUUUAUCGGCGACGAUGAUGCAGUGAAAUCAUAUCGCUCACUGAUCCUCGCCAUAUUAUGUUUCAUAGAGGAGACCCUUGCAAAAGUUAGCCAGGAUAAAAAUCUGGUGUUGGAGCGACAUCUGGACUCAUACAUCGAUUGGAUGCGGCACCAACAACGUCGGCUUCAUACGGGGAAGUCGUUAGUAACAUACGAAUCAGUUUUGCAACUUCUGGAUGAUCGCGAAGCUCGAGAUCAACUCAACCAGCAGAUAGAAAAUUCGGGGAUAGAUGGCUUCUUUUUUAUUCAGAUCGGCCGACAAGUUAUUCAGAUGCUCCAUGGCCAGAUUGACCCUCUUGACUUUAUGUUUCGAGAAGGACUAGCCAACAAAUACUACGAAAAGAUGUUAUCCAACCACCAUCACGCCUAUCCUGCCUCCCGGUACGUCGACCUUUUAUGUUUUAAGAAUGCGAGGAUGAAUAUUCUGGAGGUUGGUGCGGGGACCGGAGGUCAAACGAUGUGCAUACUGGAAUCAAUGAGUAGCAACGGCGUGAACAAAUGGGCAAAGUAUGACUACACGGAUAUUUCGCCAGGAUUUUUCAAUCAAGCCAGAGAAAAGUUCCACUACCCAAACAUGAAUUUUCGAAUCUGCGAUAUCUCGAAGGAUCCAAUUUCACAAAGCUUUGAGCCCGGUAGCUACGAUUUAGUGAUUGCUUCACACGUACUCCACGCAACAAACAAACUUGCUGAAUCGAUUCAAAACAUUCGAAAACUCCUCAAACCUGGAGGCAAGCUGCUUCUCUUUGAAACAACACGUCCAGAUGCGAUCCCUGUCGGCUUUGCGUUUGGCCUCUUGAAGGGUUGGUGGGACCCGCUUGACUACGAGCCUCGGUCACCAUACAGCCCAUGCUUGACAGUUGAGCAGUGGGACAUGCUCUUGAAGCAAGGAGGAUUUUCCGGUGUAGAUUUGAACAUCCCAGGACAGGAAGAACCAUACUGUCGAGAUAGCAGUAUUCUCAUUUCGACUGCUGAGAGCCAGAACGACGAAAUAAAUCAGCCUCUGUGUGAGGUGAAUCUUGUUGUGAACAACCAUGUAGAGGCUCAAUCCCUGAUAGCAACGGCCCUCGAGACUGGGCUAUCUAAAAGUGAACAUCUCUUAUGGAAACGAUGCUCUCUGGCACAGCUUGCUAAAGCGAAUAUUCCUGAGUCCUCUUUGACAAUAUUCCUUGAAGAAAUAGACGCGACCUUCCUUGAGGAUAUCUCGGAAAUAGAUUAUGCUAGCUUUCAAGCUAUUUUGGUACGGUCCAAAACAGUCCUAUGGGUCACCAAAGCAUUGCCACCUGGAAGAAUUGAACCCAGACAUCACCUUGCCCAUGGGCUAGGCCGCACCCUAAUGUCUGAAGAUUCAGACUAUAAAUUUGUUACACUAUGUUUGGAAGAUUUCGAAUAUGAUGUUACCCAGGUGACUGAAACCAUCUACAAGAUCGUGGGAUACCUUCGUAACUUGCCGGUGGAAAAGGUCGAAACUAAUUAUGUUGCUACUCAUAAUACUCUCCAGAUAUGCCGCAUUUCGGAAAAUGUCGAAAUGGAUACUAUCGUUCAACAGGCAAACCUACCAUGGCAACUGAAAGAGUGUCAAUUAACUGUUAACACAAGUAUUCAGCUUUGCAAAGGUGAGCUUGGUCGCCUGGAUUCGAUCCAGUGGCUUGAAAGCGAAGAACAAGAUGCUUCACGUAAACAGCCUUUAGAUGAUGACGAGGUUAUGGUGCAAGUACGGGCCAUAGGGUUAACAUUCAGAGACUAUCUAAUAGUCAAUGGCCAGCUUAACGAAGCUGACAUAGGCACCGAGUGUGCCGGGUUGGUUAUAGAGGCUGGAAGUAAAUCCGGAUUUCAGACCGGCGAUCGGGUCUGCCUCAUUUCGACAGCCUCAGCGCGGUCUAUCAUCAGAGGCAAAGCAGGUGCCAUUGUCGCUAUUCCGUCGCAUAUGAAUUUCGCCGAGGCUGCAUCAUUGCCUACUGCAAUGUGGGUAUCCUACCAAGCCAUUGUCAACCUAGCAAAUUUACAGAGGGGUCAGACUGUGCUCAUUCAUCAAGGGGCAAGUUGUGUAGGACAGAUGAUGAUCCAGACGGCAAAAAGGCUAGGUGCACGGGUGCUUGUUACUACCAGCUCAAUGUUUGGGAGAAAGUUCAUCUACGACGAAUUUCAAAUUCCGGAAGCGGAUAUUUUCUGUGCUAGCGACGCUACAAUUGUUCUUGAGAUAAACCGGUGUACUCAAGGACAGGGAGUUGACGCUAUUGUUGGGGCGCUCUCGGCAAACGGCGCAGGUGAGACUGUGGAUUUUAUACCAUGUCUGUCACCUUCCGGUCGACUUGUUGAUACCAGUUCAUUGAACAGAUCCUCCGGUAUUGCUAUGCCAUUGAAUACGUCAAGGUCAUUAGUCAAUAUGAUUAGCCUACUGCAGGAGAGGCCGACCUUAGCUCACGAUAUCUUCCAACGGGCAAUGAAAAAAGCCUUUGAUGAACGACUUCGGCCACCACAGCCAAUUCGAACUUUCUCAGCGGCCGACGCCGGAAAAGCCUUCCAUCAGUUCCAAGUCUUAGAUGCGCCAGGUAAAAAUAUUAUCGAGAUUAAUUCGGAUACUAUUGUUAUGGCCGAUGUCAAGACAAUUCCCCGGUGCAAGCUCUAUCCCGAUGCCACUUACGUUAUUAGUGGAGGGUUAGGAGGACUUGGGAGGAGUAUUACACGGUGGAUGGUUGACCGCGGGGCACGAAACCUCAUUCUCCUCUCACGAUCUGGCGUAAAAUCGCAAGAAGCCAAAAAUCUUAUCAGAUACCUCGAGGGGAGGCAAAUAUGUGUUGUGACACCCGCCGUCGAUAUCAGCAACCUAGUUGCACUUAAGCAUGUCCUUAAGCCUUUGGAAAAGACCAUGCCUCCAAUCCGGGGUUGCAUCCAAGCAACGGUAGCUCUCAGGGAUAAUCUUUUCCCUAACAUGACAUAUUGUGACUGGAUCGUUGGCACAAAUUCUAAAGCGAAGGGUUCUUGGAAUCUGCAUUCUGUACUUCCUUGUGGCCUCGACUUCUUCGUACUCUUUGCUUCCUUGAAUGGUAUUUUGGGAGGACGUGCACAAGCCAAUUAUGCGGCUGGCAACACAUUCAAAGACGCGCUCGCUCACUACCGCAUUUCUCUCGGCGAGAAAGCAAUAUCCAUCGAUUUAGGGCUGAUGGCCUCCGAAGGCAUCGUCGCGGAAAAUGCGGACCUACUUGCCAGCAUGCGUCGCAUUGGACAUCUUAUGGAUAUUAACCAGGAAGAACUGAUUGCCCUGUUAGACUAUUACUGUGACUCUGCGUUGCCGAUAUUAUCGCAUGAUAAAGCGCAAAUUCUGGUCGGACUUGAGACACCUGGCGCAAUACGUGCAAAGGGCAUAGAUAUUCAUCAUGCCAUUCACCGACCAUUAUUCCAACAGCUGUUCAGCCUGGAUUCGGGCAGUUUGCAAUCACCGGGCCAGCAAACGACCAUCAGCUAUGCUAUGGUACUGAAAGAGGCUACGUCGAGAGAGGAGGCCUCAGCAAUGGUGACGGGGUGGUUACAGGCCAAGAUCGCGCAUACUCUAGGCCUACAAGAGGAAGACGUUGACCCAACAAAACCAAUUCAUACAUAUGGUAUCGACUCCUUGGUGGCGAUUGACUUGAAAAACUGGUUUUCAAAGGAGAUAGGAGCGGACAUAAAGGUAUUCUUUAUGCUAGGAAACCAAACCUUGGAAGCAGUAGCAAGAGAAGCGGUAAAGGGGAGUAAGUUUAUGGUACAGUAA